AUGGCUGAGUCAUCAUCUUCUUCGGGAUCUGAUUCGGAUGUAGAGCCCACCGAUCCCAGCAUGUGGAUCUUACCUGGGCCGUACAGGUGGGAGGUCCUUCGUAAGAGGACGCAGAAAGGUCAUAUUUCACAGCGAGUGUGGAAUACUGAGCAUGUAAGAAAGAUUAACACUAGGCGUGGGAAGCCACAAGGGGGCCCACCUACCGGUGCUAUUCCACAGGUUGUGGAAGAGUACCUCAGACAGACGGGUUUCAUACAUGUUGCCAGGAUGCAACAUAUCCAGAUAGAUACAUUUUUAAUUAGAGCUCUGGUGGAGAGGUGGAGACCAGAGACACAUACGUUUCACAUGACCCAAUGUGAGAUGACGAUCACCUUACAAGAUGUGGCAGGCAUCUUGGGCUUGCCGACCGACGGUACUGUCGUCAUCGGAUCGACCUCUGAGGAUAGGCACACUGCUUGUGCUGCUGUUUUUGGACAUGAUCCAGAUGCCGGUGAGUUCCAUCAUUCCGGCGACCUCCGCAUCUCAUUCUUGGAUCGACAUUAA